AUGUUCCAGAAGAACUGUGAUAUCGAUAUUGAACUGAACGAGCUCGAUAUGGGAAUGAACAGGAGGACAUGGACUGCGCUGAUCGAUCUCGCUGGUCUUUUGGGUACCGAGGAAACUGAGGACGACUGCACGGAAAGAGAUGAUGCGGAACAAGACAUUACGAUCAAACCGAAGCACCCUCCAUUCUGUGUUGGAUGUUCCGUGCGAGCACGGUUAUGGCGUAUAGAUAUGAAUUAUCCAGCGAAUUCUACACGUCUGGGCACCAUUCGCCUUGAGAAUGCAGUCCUGAGCUCGAAGCUGCUUCUUUAUCAACCGAAGGAAGUGCUAUCGAUAUCUGUAUUGUUGGAUGGGCUGAAGGUCGACGACCGUACUCCCUGUUAUUCGGAGCUCUAUCCGGAAAGGGUUGUGUUAUGUGACGGUAACAAUGUACUGCCAAGUCAGGCGGAAAUCAGAAUAGUAAAAUAUUUGGGGGAAGAUCCCACUCGUGAAUGUGAUUUGCAGUUGGGCGUCGUUGUACCGGAAACAAUGAGACUUUACUAUGUACACACACAUAGGUACUUCUGUGGAUUGAUGGAUUUCUGGAUGCAGUUCAAUGAGCUUCAAGAUCAAAUGGCUAAGAGGAAAAGGAGAAAUGUGAUCGAUGGUAUUCGUUCGAAGGUCGCCUUGGAGUUCAACGUGAAAUGCCCAACAAGUGUCGUAUUCCCUCUGAAUCAGUGUAGUGAUGAUCUGCUGGUUCUUGAGUCAGAAGGUGUUCGAGUAAUCAAUCAGUUCAAGCGAAUGAGCGCUAUGGAGAGCGAAUUCCAGAAGAACUUCAUUGAAAAUGAUUACGGAUACGGUAGGUAG